GGCUUGGGACAAACACACAAACACACAGAACAGCAGUCGUCAAAGAAGUAAGCCUCAGUUAGACUCGGUCACUGCCCAGCUGCUCGUCUAAAUGCAAUUGUCUUUAAUCCUUUUGUUUCUCCAGCUGUGGGGGAACGUGGACGUUUCUUUAUCACAGAAUGCAUGUCCAAAACCCCCGGAGGUUCCUCACGCCAGUGUUUCAGAAGUGACCAAAAAAGCUGUGUACCAACAAGGAAACGUGAUCCAUUUCGUUUGUGAAACUGGUUAUACAUCAUUCCCACCCAUCAGAUAUGCAUGUACAGAGAAUGGCUGGUUAUUAACCAGUCGGGGAAGAUGCAACUUAAAGCCAUGUGUACUUCCCGAUGACACACCCAAUGGCUAUUAUCAAAUAAUCCACGGGGAAGAGUUUGUUUUUGGAACCACAAUCAAAUACUUUUGUAAUGAAGGGUAUCAAAUGGUAAGUAAGGAUGACACCAGGACUUGUAUGCUGGACAAAUGGACCAAUCAUGUGCCAAUAUGUGAUCGUUUGAGCUGCGACCCCCCGCCUGCAGAUGGAGGAGUUACAGUAAAAGGUUUACCAGAUAAUGACAAUCCCAUUUUCCCUGACCACCUCCUCACAUUCAGCUGUGAAAGACCUGGGAAAUAUCUGAAUGGUAGUUCAGUGCUGAGAUGUGGUCAAGAUGGACAGUGGGAUCAUCCAUUCCCCACUUGUGAAAACCUAACCAGACACGAGGAGGGAUGUGGGCAAAAUUGUGCAGAAAACUGCAAAGUCCCAGGUCUAUCAGACGACUUACAACUCACCACACAUGAACCAGGCGAUCAACUCAGAACAGGAGAAAAGUUGACGUUUACUUGCCGCCGGCGUGGAGACUUUGUAAGAGGGAAAGCUGAGGUGGAAUGUUUAGCAGGCGGACGGUGGAGUGAUCCAUUCCCAACAUGUGGAGCUCCUUCAGGUUGUCGGACACCACCACACAUUGCAGAUGCAGACACCAGGGGAACUCUUAAAUCCCAGUACAGACAUGGAGAAAGGGUUGAAUACAGCUGUCAGAAUGUCUACAUUAUAGAGGGUGAUGCUUACAAAACCUGCAACAAUGGUGAAUGGACCGGACAGAUGAGAUGCCUCAGUUCACCAUCGAGCUGUAACCCCCCGCCUGCAGAUGGAGGGGUUACAGUAAUAGGUUUACCAGAAAAUGACAAUCCCAUUCUUCCUGACGGCCUCCUCGCAUUCAUCUGUGAAGGACCUGGGAAAUAUCUGAAUGGCAAUUCAGUGCUGAGAUGUGGUCAAGAUGGACAGUGGGAUCAUCCAUUCCCCACUUGUGAAGAAAACUGCAAAGUCCCAGGUCUAUCAGACGGCUUACAACUCCCCACACAUGAACCAGGCGAUCAACUAAGAACAGGAGAAAAGUUGACGUUUACUUGCCGCCGGCGUGGAGACUUUCUAAGAGGGAAAGCUGAGGUUGAAUGUUUAGCAGGCGGACGGUGGAGUGAUCCAUUCCCAACAUGUGGAGCUCCUUCAGGUUGUGGGACACCACCACACAUUGCAGAUGCAGACACCAGGGGAACUCUUAAAUCCCAGUACAGACAUGGAGAAAGGGUUGAAUACAGCUGUCAGAAUUACUACAUUAUGGAGGGUGAGAUUUACAAAACCUGCCACAAUGGUGAAUGGACCGGACAGAUGAGAUGCCUCAGUUCACCAUCGAGCUGUAACCCCCCGCCUGCAGAUGGAGGGGUUACAGUAAUAGGUUUACCAGAAAAUGACAAUCCCAUUCUUCCUGACCGCCUCCUCGCAUUCAUCUGUGAAGGACCUGGGAAAUAUCUGAAUGGCAGUUCAGUGCUGAGAUGUGGUCAAGAUGGACAGUGGGAUCAUCCAUUCCCCACUUGUGAAGAAAACUGCAAAGUCCCAGGUCUAUCAGACGGCUUACAACUCACCACACAUGAACCAGGCGAUCAACUCAGAACAGGAGAAAAGUUGAUGUUUAAUUGCCGCCGGCGUGGAGACUUUGUAAGAGGGAAAGCUGAGGUUGAAUGUUUAGCAGGCGGACGGUGGAGUGAUCCAUUCCCAACAUGUGGAGCUCCUUCAGGUUGUGGGAUACCACCACACAUUGCAGAUGCAGACACCAGGGGAACUCUUAAAUCCCAGUACAGACAUGGAGAAAGGGUUGAAUACAGCUGUCAGAAUUACUACACUAUGGAGGGUGAGAUUUACAAAACCUGCCACAAUGGUGAAUGGACCGGACAGAUGAGAUGCCUCAAACCCUGUACUGUGGAUAGAGACCUCAUGAACAGAUAUAAUAUUGCCUUCAGAUAUGGUCAUGAAGAUAAGCUGUAUUCAACCCAUAAUGAUUUUAUCACGUUCACUUGUACUGCAGGUCAUAGACCUACCGGCUCAUUGCCCAUGCGCCAGCAGUGUAUUGAUGGUGUGGUGAACCUGCCCACUUGCCAGUAAAAGUUUUUAGUUAACUGGAUGUGAUGAACAUGAUCUGGCUGGACAAACAUGUAAACGAUUAACAAGAAGUACAGUUAUUAACUUAUCUUCUGUACCUACUGCAACAGUUUUAAUAAAACAUACAUGUUCUCAUGUUUUCCUCUAGAUAUGUAUUGUUUUAUUAAAGCAUUUGGUUAAGUAGAUCAGACACUACUUUGUAUGUAUUAGUCACGCCUGCAAUGCUGUUAAGUACAUUUGCAUUUUAAGGAUUUAUUUUUCAUACUCUUAAUAAAACAUUUGAAUAAAUAAUGGAGGAGGUAUGCAGUAUAGCAGGUACUAAAUAAAUAGUAUUCUCCCCGAUGCUGGACACACGACUGUAACAGGGUUGAAAAGUAACUAAGUACAUUUACUGUUUGAAGGUACUUGUACUUUAUUUAAGUAUUUCCAUUUGAUGCUACUUUACAGUUCUACUACUACUACUACUACUACCACAUUUCAGAGGGAAACAUUGCUGUAAUAUCAACAACUCCAUGCCUUAUUUCCAUAACAGCUAGUUACUCUUCAGAUGAUAAUUUUACAUAGAUAAUGAUAUAACCUUGUACAAUACAACACAUUGUUAAAGAUUAAACCCAACCUUUUUUUCUCUUGUGGCACCGUAUAAAAAACACAAUCUA